AUGGAAGCCUGGGUAAAUCGCCCGGUUGAGACUCGGCUGAAUGAAGCGAAGAUAAAAAAUGGUAAGAUCGCACGACCAAUGAACUCAUUCAUGCUAUACCGAUCAGCAUAUGCGGAGAGAACGAAAGAAUGGUGCUCGCAAAACAACCAUCAAGUCGUCUCACGGGCCUCCGGACAGAGCUGGCGACUUGAACCCCGAGAGAUCCGAGAUCAAUAUCGACGAUAUGCAGCUACUGAGCGACAUAAUCACCACAAAGCCCAUCCCGGCUAUAAGUUUGCACCGAACAGGAAGCAGAACACACCCAUGAACCAGAAUGGUGCCAAAAGCCUGAGUGCAGCAGCCAAGGAAGAUCUUAGCGACUCAGAAGACCAAGGAUUUAAUAUUACCUCCCACCCCCGUCUGGCAAACAGACGACGAACCCUGGGCCCCAGAGGUGAUAUUAACCGUAGCCAAACUUCAACCCCGUGCGACAACGACAGUAUAUACAAGAGCGGUCAUUCCACCCCCGUGUCCCAUUCGCAUCGCGACACAUAUCGGAACGGAGAUAUCAACCGCUCGCAAUGGGAGGUGAACAACCCCGGCGGCACACCUCACCCUGGUAUCAUAUCACAACCACAUUACUACCCGCCAUCGAUGCGCCACGGAUUGAAUAUCGAAGACGUGACAUAUACGAGGAUUGGUAUGCCGGGAGGCGUGACCUGUGACACCGCCGCAUCAGUGACCAUCAUGCCAGGUAGCAACGCGGAGCUUCUUCAGCCACAGACACUCUCUCAUACCGGAAUACCUGUCCCCAUGAACGAAGUCCCAGUUGAUCCACGGCUGUUAGAAUUCGACCACACACGUACCCCACUGCUAGCCAAUAAUGGCAGCAGCUUUGGAGACCAACCCGACUCUUGGCAGUUUCCUCUAGCAAGAAACCAGCACUAUCUCCAUGGGUACAUGUCUGUUCCCGAAAUCGACCAGUGUCCUUACACCAUGCUUCCACCAUCGUGA